GUGUUAAGAAUGGAAAACGUUUUACCAAGGCUGUUCUCUAAGAGGAACACGAUUUUCUGCUGUUUCAUUUUAUGUACGUCAAUUUCUUGCCAGGAGAGGACCCACUCCCAUGCUGAAGAAAAUCUCUUCAAGGAUCUCUUUGUCGGCUAUAACAGAUGGCCCAGGCCAGUCCGUAACAUUUCUGAUGUCGUAAUUGUCAAGUUCGGGCUCUCCAUUGCACAGCUUAUAGACGUGAAUGAGAAGAAUCAGAUGAUGACAACCAAUGUUUGGCUCAAACAGGAGUGGAACGACUACAAGCUGCGAUGGAAUCCUGCAGAUUAUGACAACGUCACAUCGAUUCGGGUCCCAUCUGAAAUGAUCUGGGUGCCAGACAUCGUACUGUAUAACAAUGCAGACGGGGAGUUUGCGGUGACUCACAUGACGAAGGCUCACCUGUUCUACACUGGCUUAGUGCAGUGGGUGCCGCCAGCCAUCUACAAGAGCUCGUGCAGCAUCGACGUGACAUUUUUCCCCUUCGACCAGCAGAACUGCAAGAUGAAGUUUGGUUCGUGGACCUAUGACAAGGCCAAGAUUGACCUGGAGCGCAUAGAGAUGAACGUGGACCUGAAGGACUACUGGGAGAGCGGAGAGUGGGCCAUCAUCAAUGCUGUGGGUACCUACAACACCAAGAAGUACGACUGCUGCCACGAGAUCUACCCAGACAUCACCUACUUCUUCAUAAUCCGCCGCCUCCCACUCUUUUACACCAUCAACCUCAUCAUCCCCUGCCUCCUCAUCUCCUGCCUGACUGUUCUGGUCUUCUACCUCCCCUCUGACUGCGGUGAGAAAAUCACCCUGUGCAUCUCUGUGCUGCUCUCCCUCACUGUCUUCCUCCUCCUCAUCACCGAGAUCAUCCCUUCCACCUCCCUGGUCAUCCCUCUGAUCGGGGAGUACCUGCUCUUCACCAUGAUCUUUGUCACCCUCUCCAUCGUCAUCACCGUGUUUGUGCUCAAUGUCCACCACCGCUCUCCCAGCACCCAUAAGAUGCCCAAAUGGGUGUGCACCGUCUUCCUGGACUUCAUCCCCCGCUGGCUCUUCAUGAAGCGCCCGGCCCCGGACAAGAAGGACCACCACUUCCUGCAGCAGCACCAGCACAGCCAGUCAGGUGAGUUCAAGCUCAGCACCUCCAAAUACUGGCUGGAGACUGACGUGGACUACAAGCAUGAAGACACCGAGCUGGGCUUGUCCUCCUUCUCCCCAGCUCCUACUGCCCCUGCCCGCCAGCCCGCAGGCGUCCUCUCUCCCCACCACCUCACCCUUCACCACCGACUGGACAGGACCACUCGCCACCUGGGGGGCAGAGUGAACCCCACCCAGCGCCCCGUCAAGAUAGACAACCUGGUGUCGGACUCGAGCUUCCCCUUGUCGCCCAGCAUCCUUCGAGCUCUGGAGGGUGUGCAUUAUAUCGCAGACCACCUGCGUGCAGAGGACGCCGACUUCUCGGUGAAGGAGGACUGGAAAUAUGUAGCCAUGGUGAUCGACCGUAUAUUCCUCUGGAUGUUUAUUAUCGUGUGUUUGCUGGGGACCAUCGGACUCUUCCUUCCUCCGUGGUUGGCUGGGAUGAUUUAGACUUUGUUAUUUUGUUUUUUAAAGACUUUACACAACCAAGGCUGGCAUGGCCAUUAUCCCCGGUGUGUGCUGCUUGGAAGCAUUUGAGGGCAAAUUGUGACAGGAUACAAACUGAAUGGGCAAGUGUCUGCAGUGAGGAGGAGAGCUGAUUCUUCACCUUGAAGAAAGGGGUCUGCUUUAGCACUGCUGACACAGACAAGGACGUGGGCUUCUGUUUGAACACACGUACAGCUGUUCCUCCUUAUUCUGUACAGUUUAAUUCCCUGGUAUUGCUGCCAUUGGUACUGUUCUGCUCUUAUGGCAAAUUGACUUUUUAAAUGAAACAAUGUACUGUACAAUAAAGAAGUACAUAAUAAUGGUGUACAGCUUACUAAUGAUGUUUGUAAAUAUAUAGAUUAAGAGUGUUCUUGUUUAGACUGUAAGAAAAUGAUUUAUCAUAGACACAACAUAUUAGGUUGCAACAGCUUUCCCAAGUAGCAAACAUAAAGCCACAACCCGAAGCCGAAAUGAUGACGCAAACAUGACAUUUCCCUGGAAAGCACACUAGCAGAUACUAAUGGUAAUCUCUCCGCUGGUUCACUAAACCCAUUACCAUUGUGUUAAGACUUUCAUUUACACACUGGACACCUGUGUAAGGAUUCAAUUUAUAACCUUUUAGCCAAAUCAGCAGGGCAUUGAAAAACCUUCCAUUACAGUAAGUCAACCGUCUAGCAGGUUUCUUUAGCAUGUGCAGAAUGUGGGCAGGAGGUAAUCAGUGUACCGCUAUUGCAGGGAAAGAUAAAACACCCAGCUGAGGUGCAGCUUUAUAAAGAGCCAGGCAGUCUGCACAGUGGCUUUCUUCUCUAGAAUGCAAAGCAUUUCAUUUGUGUGCUACAAAAACAUGAUAUGCAGAAAUCAGAACAUUCUAUUAGGAAAUAAUCUGGGUGCAUUAUGAAGCAAUGUGAUGCAUGUUAAGGAGCUGAAUCACGUGGCAUGUGACUACAGUAUAUAAGACCUAUUGUUGUCAGAUGUUAUUAAUUUGACUGUAAAAGCAAAUAUUUAUCCACUCUUUAAAGGGGCAUAAUAGCUGGUUAUAAAUCAGACUAUCUUCAGUCUGGUCUGCAACUGCAACCAAAAGUCAAGGACCACUUUAUGCCAACAUCCCAGGAGACAGCCACUGAUCAGAGUGACUGACUUGAGCUAUACAUUUCCAGUGUUCUGGCUAGACCCUCAAUAACAAAAUCUUCUGAUUGGCCAUCACAUUUUUAGGUCUGGAACGGAUUGGUUUAUUUCAUGCCCUUCUAUGAUUUCUGGGUUACUAAAAGGUUACUUUAAAUUACACUAACCCCUCCUCUCCACUAUUUAAUACAUAUUUGUUCUCCGAUAUUAGUAUAGACUUUAAAACAUGGGAAGCAUGCUAUGUCACAACAAAGCAAUGCGAAGAAACCAAUUUUCAAGAGUAGUUUUAUGAGGGUCUAGCUGUAAAGCCGGGGAUUUUUAUACCCCAGCAACUAGGGUGACUGCUGAUUGUCAUCAAUACAGUACUUAUGUCUAUACACAGCUUGUGGUAGAGACAGUUGUAAUACAAGCUGUGUAUUUUAUUUGACAAGAUGAACUGACUACAGACCAUGGCCGUAACUAGCUAUGAGAACAACAAGGUUGUGUCCUCGGUUUUCUUUGCAUCAUAAAUGCUGAUGCUCAUGUAUUGUUUGUACAAUUCUGGUAAAGUACAAAGACUCCUUAAUUUUCUCUGUUGGUUUGCCAUG